UUGUAUUCCGAUUCCAAUUUUUAAAAACUAUUGGAAUGAAUCUGGUUCGGGUUCUACCAGGACUGUACCGAAUCGGACCGCGUACAGCCCUAAAAAUAAAAGAUGAAAAAGAAAAAAAAGGUAAAAUAAAAAUAAAACCUAAAUAAUAGUACUGCACAAAAUUGUCUACGGUAGCCGUCCGCACUGAAUCACACCGCCUUCUCUUGCCCUUUCUCUAAGUUUUCCAACCCUCCCGACUUUCGCUUGCCGUUUGCAGUCUCUCUCUAUAUACACAAAACACAAAAACACACACAACAACAAAACCAAAAACACAGUCACAUACACACACAAAAUAACAAUGGCUGUACCAGUCGAAGAACAACAGAAGGAGCCCUCAAUCGCCGACAAAGAAGACGAAAAACCCGAGCCCUCAAUCGCUGACAAAGAAGACGAAAAACCCGAACCCUCAAUCGCUGACAAAGAAGACGAAAAACCCUCGAAUGAUGAAGACGAGGGCGAAGACAUCGAAGAAGAUGAAGAAGAGGAGGAAAAAGUGACCAAAGAGUCGAGAAUGCGUUUGGAGAGGGCCAAAAUUGAGAAUCUAUACAAUCGGAUAUCGAAGGAGAGAGUGCCUUUGCGAGUCCACGAUGUGCUGAUCAAGGGCAACACCAAGACUGUUGACUCCUUGAUCGAAGCCGAAGUCGAAGGUCUCAAGCACGUCACUUCAGUGCAAGAGCUUCUUCAGGCUGCGACUAUGGCAAAUGCUCGCCUUCAGCGUCUCGAAAUCUUCGAUUCCGUCAACAUUGUUCUUGAUUCCGGGCCGCCUGAGUUGCCCGGCACUACGAAUGUCAUCGUUCAGGUAGUCGAGACGAAGGACCCCCUCACCGGCAACAUCGGAAUAUACUCUAAGCCUGAGGCUAGAUCUUGGUCACUUGAAGGAUUGGUGAAGCUGAAAAACUUGUUUGGAUAUGGGGAUCUUUGGGAUGGUUCUUUGUCUUAUGGCUGGGAUCAAACUUCAGAAGUCAGUGCUGGUGUGACUUUGCCCAGAUUCAAACGACUGGUAACUCCAUUGACGGCUAGAGUUUCUCUGCUUUCCCAAGAUUGGCUAAAGUUUUCUUCUUACAAGGAGCGAUCAUUGGGCUUAUCUCUUGGCCUAUUAUCUUCUCGGAACCAUGAUUUGGCAUUCAAUCUUUCUUGGCGUACCUUAACAGAUCCAGCACAAAUAGCAUCCAGGUCAAUAAGGAGGCAGCUUGGACAUGGCUUACUCUCAUCUCUAAAAUACACAUUUAAGAUUGAUAGGAGAAAUUCACCUUUUAGACCAACUCGAGGAUAUGCUUUUGUUUCUACUUCUCAAAUUGGUGGUCUUGUACCCGACCAUCGGAGCUUACGUUUUUUCCGCCAGGAGUUUGAUCUUCGUUAUGCUUUCCCCUUGGGUUUUUAUCAUGCUGCGCUGAACUUUGGGUUGUCUGGUGGUGUUAUUUUUCCAUGGGGAAGUGGAUUCUUGAACACUCCCUCGCCCCUUCCUGAGAGAUUCUUCUUGGGUGGCAAUGCAUCUCCAGUUUGUACCUUGGGAGGUCCAACUACACUGUUGGGGUUUAAGUCAAGGGGAGUGGGCCCUACCGAGCCAAGAAGGCAACUGAGAGAAAACUCAAAUGAUCAAGGUUCUGAAAGGGAUUUUCUUGGAGGAGAUCUUGCUCUUACUGCCUUUGCGGACCUUGCUUUCGAUCUCCCACUGAGGGUGCUCAGAGAAGCUGGUAUCCAUGGACAUGUUUUUGCUUGUGCUGGGAACCUUACCAAGUUAACAGAGAAUUCAUUUCGGGAGUUCUCUUUCCAGAAAUUCCGAGAGUCUCUUCGAAGCUCUGCAGGAUUUGGGGUCAUUGUACCCACAAAACUAUUCCGCAUGGAGGUUAACUACUGCUACAUAGUGAAACAACAUGAGCACGACCGUGGGAAGACUGGUGUGCAGUUUAGCUUUUCUUCACCAUCAUUAUAAAUUGUGGAGUCAUUUUUAUCCUUUGAUUGAUUGAUUUACAGCAACAUUAACAUAGGAGCCUGUCACUCUGGGUAUAUUUGAGUUUAUUUUUGCAAUUUGAGAACUUUAGUUCUCUGAGCAUUUCAAUUUGAUGGCGGCUCAGAAUUUUUGUACUUACAAAUCUUAGGCAGGUUUUUUGUGUUGUGCAAAGACGGGGAAAAUAACAUUUUAUGGAUGGAAUCAGUGGAGACAUGGUUUCCCUUUGAAACAGAUUGGUUGAAGAAAAAAUGGAAUAGCUCAGGAUGAUUGCUUCCAAAAUUAUACAGUAAUUCUUUAGAAAAGAAUUGUAUAAUGGGAUUCUGUUACACUUUCUCUAUCGAUGUUCUUUUUUCUUUAUCUCUUGAAUUUAAGAGAGAAUAAAGGCAUGGCAUUCACCUUGUU